UAAAAAAGACGGCCAAAGAUGAUAAGGUGUUUGUUUUGUUUUUUUAUGUAAAACAUGAAAGAAGUGUUGUAGAUGUACAAGGAAAGACAUAACCUGCGGGAGAUAAACUGUAUUGAGAAGAUCCAUUAAAGAGAACUAACAGGAGAGAAAACACAUCGAUACUGAAGCAAGCCGUCGGGAAAGACAACAAGGGACAUCUGUUCAGAAGAUGAGUUUGCCGCAUCACCAUGGACAUUAAGGAUUGACCUUCCUCGUUCCCACAUCCCCCUUUGUGAUGGAGCCCAACCCGAACGACCUCUGGGACCCCUACAAACCUGGCGUGGACGAAGAUGAGACCCCUGAACUGGAGUGUGCCAUCUGUUUCAGUCAGUUCAACAAUGUCUUCAACACUCCUAAGGUACUUCAAUGCAAGCACACCUUCUGCCUGGAGUGUCUCGCCCGGAUGAACGUCAAGUCCACCAAUCCCGACACCAUCCAGUGCGCGCUGUGCCGAGCGUACACCCCGUUACCCGUCCUUGGCCUACCCAAACUUGCGAAUGACUCCACGGUGCUUUCCUACCUGCCAGCCACAAUGCAACAGGUCUACAGCAUUCGCUUUAACCGAAAUAAAGGCAAACUGCAGGUGAAGAGAGCACCAAGCUCCGCACCGACCAUAGCGCAGAGCAUCAGCCAAAGUUUGGAUGUUGGGAGCCCAGUAGGUGCACAGGGGCAGGCAACCAGAGGUAGAGAAAGGUCUCUCCUGAUUACAAUAUUGCAGACGCCUUUUUGCAAAGCUUGUUUUAUGAGCAUAGUGGCGAUUCUGACAGUUACAGCUACUAUUGUCAUUAUCUUCUACACGAGCAGAAACUCUACUUAGUUUACACUUUAGUUGUACUUUUCAUUGCACAACAUUAAAACAAGCAACAUGACGGGUUUGAACCUUUAAAACUGGUAAUUCUCACUUUGCAUUCAGAACCACUGUGCUGGAAAAUCACACAUCAUAUUAUUAUUAAAAGUUGCUAAAUAAGGGGCGAUUCACAUUUAGCGUCUUUUACGCGCUCAAGUUCAUUAUUUCAAAUGUAGGCGCGCGGUAUGCACGCUCAUAAUGGAAGUGACGCAUGUGGUGUGGCGCGCUCAUUUCUCCCGGCGCGUUCGCACCACAUCGAGUUAAAACAUCUCAAAUUUUCAGAAUGCCGCAAGCGCACCGCAGGUCAUGUGACAAGAACCAACUGACGGCCGUGCCUUCCGCACGGUUUUAGACACGAAAUGUGAACCACCUCUAUUGGAUGCGACAUGGUCGUUUUUUUCAGGCGCGUCCUCACUACAUCGAGUUAAAAACAUCUCAACUUUUCAGAAUGCCACAAGCGCACCGCAGGUCAUGUGACAAGAACCAACCGACGGCCGCGUUUUCUGCGCGGUUUUAGACGCGAAAUGUGAACCGCCCCUAAAGGUACUUAAAAGGUUCAACAGCGAUGCCAUAGGAGGACCAUUUUUGGCUGUAUGGUUCCAUAAAGGACCAUUAACAUUCAAAGAACCUUUAUAUGUCGCAAAAGUAGUGGAAAGGGUUCUUUAGGCUAUAAAGGGUGUGAAAGAAAUGGUUAAUUUAAUACUAAAUGGUACUUCAGGGAACCAAAACUGGUUCUCACUGCACAAUGUAAAAAAAAUUUGUCAAAUCAACAUAUAUUUUUAUGUUACUUUAAAUUGAAAAAAAUAGGUUAAACAAUUUGAAACUUGAAUUUAUAAGUUAUGUCAACUUUUUAAAGCCAAAACUUAAAAUAGUAGGUUGAAUUGACUUGCAAAACCAAGUUGUUUUAACUUAG